AUGACUAUUAUAAGAUUUUUAAGCCGUAAUAUGAACUUAUCUCGGUUGCCAACACUGUAUCCAUGUAUUUACGGACAAAAUGUACGAUUUUGGUCGUCACACGAAAAGUUUGCUAAGCACAAACCAUUGGAGAAGGUUAGGAAUAUUGGUAUAUCGGCUCACAUUGAUUCUGGGAAAACUACUUUAACAGAACGUAUUUUAUUUUAUACUGGUAGAAUAUCCAAAAUGCAUGAAGUAAAAGGAAAAGAUAAUGUUGGUGCAACAAUGGAUAGUAUGGAAUUAGAAAGACAAAGAGGAAUCACUAUCCAAUCAGCUGCAACAUAUACAUUAUGGCAAGAUCAUAACAUCAACAUUAUCGAUACACCAGGACAUGUAGAUUUUACAGUGGAAGUAGAAAGAGCUCUACGUGUUUUGGAUGGUGCUAUACUUGUUCUGUGUGCUGUAGGUGGUGUUCAGUCACAAACACUGACUGUAAACCAACAAAUGAAAAGGUACAAUAUACCUUGUUUGGCAUUCAUUAAUAAAUUAGACAGGAUGGGUGCAAAUCCAAAAAGAGUUUUGGAACAAAUGAGGGGAAAACUACAUCAUAAUGCUGCAUUUAUACAGUUACCAAUUGGUCUAGAAGGUGAUACAAAGGGAUUAGUUGAUCUAGUUCAUCAAAAAGCAGUUUAUUUUGAGGGAAAAUUUGGAGAAAUUGUUAGAGAAGAUGAAAUCCCAAAAGAUAUGAAUACAGAGGUGAAUGAAAAAAGACAAGAAUUGAUAGAGCAUUUAAGCAAUGUGGAUGAUGUACUUGGUGAUUUAUAUCUGAAUGAAAUGAAGUUAACUGAAAAAGACAUUAUGGAUGCCAUACAUAGGGCAUGUUUGAAAAGAAAAUUUACACCUGUAUUAGUUGGAACAGCACUUAAGAACAAAGGUGUUCAGCCAUUGCUGGAUGCAGUAGUGAAUUAUUUACCGAAUCCAGGGGAAGUAGAGAAUUAUGCUUUUCAAAUAAAAGCAAAUAACGAACAGGAGAAAAUUAUAAUGGAUUCUGCUCGAGAUAAUAAAAAACCUUUCAUUGGAUUAGCAUUUAAAUUAGAAGCUGGAAGAUUUGGUCAAUUGACAUAUUUCCGUUGUUACCAAGGAAUGUUGAGCAAAGCAGAUACUAUAUACGAUACAAGAACGAAAAAGAGGAUCCGUGUUCAAAAAUUAGUUCGGCUUCAUUCAAACCAAAUAGAAGACGUGACGGAAGUUUAUGCUGGAGAUAUCUUCGCUUUAUUCGGCGUAGAUUGUGCGUCCGGUGAUACCUUUGUGAAAAAUUCUAAACUGAAUUUAUCGAUGGAAUCGAUCUACGUUCCUGAUCCUGUAAUGUCCAUGUCUAUCCAACCAAAGAAUUCAAAGGAUCGAAACAACUUUGCCAAAGCUAUAAAUCGAUUCACCAAGGAAGAUCCGACGUUGCGGAUGCAUUAUGAUUCGGAUAACAAGGAAAGCAUAAUUUCCGGAAUGGGAGAAUUGCAUUUGGAGAUCUAUGCGCAAAGAAUGGAACGCGAAUAUAAUUGCCCGGUCAGUCUCGGAAAGCCAAAAGUUUCUUUCCGCGAAACUUUAACGAAGCCGCAAGAGUUUGAUUAUUUGCAUAAAAAGCAGUCUGGUGGUGCCGGUCAAUAUGCUCGAGUGACAGGAAUUAUGGAGCCAUUGCCGUCUCAUAAAAACACGCAGAUCGAAUUUUCGAACGAAACCGUAGGCACCAACGUUCCACGACAAUUCAUUCCAGGUGUGGAAAGAGGCUUCAGAACUAUGUGCGAGAAAGGUAUGCUCAGUGGUCACAAGAUCGCCGGUGUCAAAUUCAGGUUAAUCGACGGUAUGCACCAUUCCGUUGAUUCUUCGGAGUACGCCUUCUUCCUAGCUGCGCAAGGUGCUAUCAGAGAUAUAUUCGAAGUCGGUACCUGGCAGAUCUUGGAGCCGAUCAUGUUGGUCGAAGUGAUGAGUCCAGCCGAAUAUCGGGGUCAGAUAUUAGGACAAAUUAAUAAACGAAAGGGCAUCAUAAACUCGACCGAGAUGAAUGAAGAUUGGUGCUCGAUCGUUGCGGAGGUGCCACUCAACGAGAUGUUCGGUUAUGUCGGCGAAUUAAGAUCCACUACUCAAGGUAAAGGAGAAUUCACCAUGGAGUAUGCGAGAUACAGUCCUUGUGUAGCAGAGGUGCAAGAGGAACUUAUCAGACAGUAUCAACAGUCAUAGAGGAUAGUAAUAGAUAAGAAAAAGCAAAAAUCGAAAAAUUGAUUAUAGAAUAUGAAAUAGAUCAUUCUUUAGUAAAGAAUUGUGCGACGUUAUUGAGAAUGCUACAAGUUCGUAUGAUGAUACCAUUUAUUAUAUCUUUAAUACAUCUGAUGAUUAAAACUGAUAAAUUAGUAGCAUGUAAGAGGAAUGGACCAAAUGUAUACAGUGAUCCAUAUAUUAAGAAAAUAUAUGAUAGUAUACAUUAGUCCAUGUCGCAGUUAAUAUAUAAUGUAAU